GUUUAGGUAGGUAGGUACAUAAGUUGCUACCCCUCUACCGCCAUCCAUCUACUAUGUACUAGUAGUAGUUAUCUCCACAACCCAAUGUUCAGAGCACAAAGCCACCGAACUUAAAUCAAACUUAUCUAAUCUCACAACUUGAAGACAUUUGAAAUAAACUUAGCUCACAAAAAGCUUUAGACGUUGAAUAAUACCGAUCAUUUGCAUACUUCAUAUCGUAUAUACUCAUCAAUACUACCUAGUGCUACAGAGGUAUUAUGUAGUAGGCAGCCUAGCUUAUCAACAUGCCCGAUUGGCGAAACGACUAUCUCUCCUCCCUGCAAGAAGCAGAGCGGAACAAUCCUGUGAACAAGGACCUCGUCGAAGCCUGCUCCCAGCUUGCCGAUCGUCUAUCCGCCCUCGAGGCCGAGAAGGCUCUGUGGCAAAAGACCUCUACUACUACGAAACCAUCCCCGUCGACCGAAAAGCUAGCCUCGGGCAAACCUACGUCAGCGACCGACACGGCCGGCAGUGCAGACCCCACCAUCGCACAGCUGAGACUAGAGCUAGCCGAGGCGCUGCGGUCAAAGGGCCAGCUACAAGGCCGCCUCAAGGCUGCCCAAGAUGAGCUGAAAACCUUGCGGUCGGGGACCCAGGGAAGUGCUAAGCGAAUUAACGAGCUAACGGCCGAGAGGAAUGCCCUCAAAGCGAAAUUAAAAGAUCGCAACGAGGAGCUUGCUGGAAAGAACAAGAUGCUCAAGGACAUACAAGAUGACAACUUGACUUUAAACAUCCAGCUAGACGUCACGGAGCAGAAAGCAGCCAAGAUUUCUGCCGAAAAUAAGGAACUGGUGGAACGAUGGAUGAAGAGGAUGCGACACGAGGCGGAUGCCAUGAACUUGGAAAACGAAACACCUGGUAGUAAGAGUCGGAGGUGACGGACGCCUGGCCUAGCAGAAUGAUGGAAGGAAGA